AUCAUCUGGUCAUCUUCCUGAAAUGGCUCUCGCCGGGAAGCGAAUCGGCCGUGCCGCCAGCGUGGCUUGCCGGCGCCUGGUGGGACGGCAAGUGCUCAUUCCUGGUCGCAUCUCGCGCUCCGCUCAAAUUACAACCGUAUGUAAAGUGCACAAGGUUUGCGUACUGCCUGGCGAUGGUAUCGGCCCGGAGAUUAUGGAGGUGGCUACCAAGGCACUCACCAUGGCCGGCGCUAAGGAGGGCGAGGACUUUGAAUACAAGUACUGCCUAAUCGGUGGCGCCGCAAUUGAUGCAACUGGCAAACCACUUCCGGAUGAGACUCUGGCUACGGCGAAGGAGAGCGACGCCGUGCUGCUUGCGGCAAUCGGCGGCUACAAGUGGGACACGCUUCCCAGCGCCCAGCGGCCGGAGCGGGGCCUGCUGGCAAUCCGUGCGGGUCUGAACGCCUUUGCUAACCUUCGUCCCGCCAUCGUGCCUCGUCAGCUCGCGGAUUCUUCUCCGCUGAAGCGCGAGCUGGUGGAGGGAGUGGACAUCCUCAUUGUGCGUGAGCUGGUGGGGGGCAUCUACUUUGGCCAGCCUCGCGGCUUCGGCGUCAACGAGAAGGGCGAGCGCAUCGGCUUCAAUACGGACGUGUACAGUGAGCCUGAGGUGGAGCGCAUUGCCCGCGUGGCCUUCGAGGCGGCUCGCAAGCGCAGCAAGCGGUUGUGUAGCGUGGAGAAGAGCAACGUGCUGGAGGUGAGCCAGCUGUGGAAGGAGGUGGUGAUCCGAGUGGGCAAGGACUACCCAGAUGUGGAGCUGAGCCACAUGUACAUCGACAAUGCUGCCAUGCAGCUACUGCGCAACCCCAAGUACUUUGACGUCAUUGUUACAGGCAACAUCUUCGGGGACAUUCUGUCGGACGAGGCGUCCAUGCUGGCGGGCUCGCUAGGCCUGCUGCCCUCCGCCUCCAUCAGCGGCAGCGGCCCCGGCAUCUAUGAGCCCGUGCACGGCAGCGCGCCAGAUAUUGCCGGCAAGGACGUGGCCAACCCGCUGGCCAUGGUGCUGUCUGCAGCCAUGAUGUGCAGGUACGACCUGUCCAUCCCCAAGGUGGCUGACCGCCUGGAGGCCGCGGUGAAUGCAGUGUUGGACGCCGGACUGCGCACCGGAGAUAUCUACAAGGAGGGACCGGAUACCCGGCUGGUCAAGUGCAGCGAGAUGGGCUCCGAGCUGAUGAAGCACCUCUGAGCGCGUUCGGCGGAGCCUCCUAACGGGACCUUACGGGACUGCCUAGCUCCACGUCUGUUGGGCUGGCAAGUGCGGAGACGACGAACCCAAGUCGCCGAUGUCUGUCGGGGCAUCUAGAGACGAGCGUAGGUCAGGUGGUCGCCUUCCUUUGCGUGCACAGCAAACGGGCUGUGUGGCGAGCACAGCGCGUGUAUGCCCAGGCACCAGGAGGUUUCGUGUGCGGCCACGGCAGCGUUUGGUUGUGGUAUUGUUCGGUUAGAUUAAGACCCUCCGUACAACGUUUUCCUGAAAUGUGGAUGGCGUGCUCGCGGGCGACUGCAGGCGGAAAGGCGGCUUGGCAUGUCUUUGUUUACAGACGUUUUAUACUUGCACGUAAUGACCUCUUUGACCUUGCCGUGCUGGAAUGGGAAUAUGGACAUGUUUGCCAAUCGGACAAUGUAUUGAAAGGUGUCGAGACAUAUAAUUGGAUAUUUCGGACGCACGUUGCAAACGUCGAAGACUUUUUGGCGGUAUGAGGAAAGGCUGACCACACGUGCUUGCUGUGCUAAUCUCAUUACUCGGCACGUGGGGUCGCGCGGACGUUGUGUUUCGGACGGGUUGGGGGACGCCACCAGAAUUUCAACAUCGGCGCUGUCACUUGUGACACUUCUUUCGGCUUGUGCAAUCCAUGGUGAUAUGGACACCCUAUACACAUAUUGGCCCGCAACGGCGACAUUAAGUACGGCACCGUCG